AGAGGAGCGAGCGAGCGGGACACCAGGAGGAACAUGUCCGUCUCCUCCCGCACCGAGGGACGGUCACACCACCGGAGCAGCGCGGUCACAGCUCGCCCUCCUCCGCUGUAGUUGAGCAGACACUCCGCCGCCUGGUUCUACACUUAUGUUCUGAAGGCUUCUCUGCUGCUGCUGGUCCAUCCUCCACCUCCUCCUCCUCCUCCUCCUCCUCCUCCUCUUCCUCCUCCUUCCUCCUUCCUCCUCCUCCUGCUGCUGUUCACCGUCCCGUCGCCAGGAUGGACAAGUCUCUCUGCAGUCCGCAUCACGGGACCAACAAAACAAACUCUCCCUCCACGGAGCGGGGGAGCUCGGCGAGGAAGCCCGGCGGCCGGACCGGGACGCACAGCCCCGGCUCCAGCUCGGGCUCUGGCUCCGGCUCCGGUUCCGGCUCCCUGGGCGGCCCGGCCGGAGCAGGAGGCAGCCGGGAAGCGAUGCUGGGGAACAGCAUGAAUGUGCAGCAGAGGAGGAGGCAGCUGGAAGGAGUGCUGAGCAAAUACACCAACCUGAUCCAGGGCUGGCAGAACAGGUACUUUGUGUUGGAUCCAGAGUCGGGACAGCUGCAGUAUUUCGUCAGCGAGCAGGGGAAGAGCCAGAAGCCCCGCGGGUCCCUGCCCCUGAUCGGCGCCUCGGUCACAACCAGUGACGAGGCUCCGCACAUGUUCGUGGUGAACUCCGUCAACGGGGAGCUGUACAAGCUCAGAGCGUCUGACGCCAAAGAACAGCAGUUGUGGAUCACUCAGCUCCAAACAUGUGCCAGACGCCACUCCGACAGCAGUGCCAAGGUGAGGAAACUGAAGGGCUCAGAUGAGCACCUGAGUGUGGAGAGAGCAGGAGGAGGCCAGGAGGGACUGGGCUACUCGUCCUCCGGUCGGACCCGUAGCUUCUCCCUGCUCCCCCACCUAACCCCAUCCUCAUCCCCGGGUUCCCAGAGGCACCUGGGCCCCACGCCCGCACCCGGCAACAUCGUCUCCAUCACCCACCACAAAUCUCCGGCUGCGGCUCGGCGGGCCAAGAGUCAUUACCCGGGUCGGCUGCUGGAGGUCAAAGAGGUGAUGUGCCAAGCCGAGGGCCAACAGAAGAACCUGGUCCAGUCCAUCGACUCCCUACCCACCAAAGGCCCCCUCUCCUGCCUGGACCAGGACCUGCUGCUACUCAAAGCCACAUCUGCCGCCACACUGAGCUGCCUGGGCGAGUGCCUGAGCAUCCUCCAGCAGAGCCAGAGCCACAGCCAGGCGCCACCUCAGUCUCAGGCCUCCCAGCGGUACCACGCCGACCACGGAGCCCCCUCCGAUGGUGUUCCUGUGUGGACUGUACCAAAGUCGCCCUCAGGGGAGCUGAUGAAGAACGGAGGUCACCCUCUACGAUCAGCCGAGCCCUCGCCGGCCCUCAGGAUAAGGAGUCUGUCCCAUGGUGCUGAGCACCCCCCAGGGCUGGAAGACAUCAGCCCCAGUGAAGAGGUCACAGACACGGAGGACAACGACGAGGAGGACCUCGGCGUCCUGGACGACCAGCGGAGCAUCAUCCUCCACCUGCUGUCUCAGCUCAAACUGGGCAUGGACCUCACACGGGUGGUGUUGCCUACCUUCAUCUUGGAAAAGCGAUCGCUGCUGGAGAUGUACGCCAACUUCAUGGCCCACCCUGAUAUGUUCCUGUCCAUCACGGCCGGGGCCACGGCAGAGGACCGCAUCAUCCGCUUCGUGGAGUACUACCUGACCGCCUUCCAUGAGGGACGCAAGGGGGCCGUGGCCAAGAAGCCCUACAACCCCGUGCUGGGGGAGACCUUUCACUGUUCCUGGGAAGUGCCGCGGGACAAAGUCAAGCCUUCGGUCAGAUCCAACCAGGGCCCGACCUGGGAGCCGAGCCGGGGCCCAAACAACACGCAGCAGGAGGACGAGUCGCCGGGAGACUGCUACAGAGUGCGCUUUGUGGCCGAGCAGGUUUCCCAUCAUCCACCGGUGUCGGGGUUCUACUGCGAGUGUCGGGAGAGGCAGAUGUGUGUCAACGCACACGUCUGGACCAAGAGCAAGUUCAUGGGGAUGUCGAUAGGAGUGUCCAUGGUGGGAGAAGGAGUCCUCUGUCUGCUGGAGCACGACGAGGAGUACGUCUUCACGCUGCCCUGCGCCUACGCCCGCUCCAUCCUCACCGUGCCCUGGGUGGAGCUGGGGGGCAAAGUGUCCAUCAGCUGCGUCAAGAGCGGCUACUCGGCCACCGUCACCUUCCACACCAAGCCCUUCUACGGAGGGAAGGUUCACAGAGUGACGGCCGAGGUCAAACACAACCCGACCAACACCAUUGUGUGCAAAGCGCAGGGCGAGUGGAACGGCACGCUGGAGUUCACGUACAGCAGCGGGGAAACCAAAGUGAUCGACACGGCCAAACUCCCGGUCACCAGGAAGAAGCUGCGGCCGUCGGAACAGCAGGGGAGGAAGGAGUCCAGGUGCUUAUGGCAACACGUCACCAAAUCUCUGAAGGAAGGAAACAUCGACGAGGCCACGGAGCACAAACACCGACUGGAGGAGCGGCAGAGGGGGGAGGAGAGGAAGAGAGCGGCCGACAACAAACCAUGGACGCCCAAGUACUUCACUAAAGAGGGAGACGGUUGGAUCUACAACAACUCACUGUGGAAGUCGACCUGACACCAGAUCAGCUCCUCUCAACAACCGAGACCCUGCCUCCCCUCCCCUCGCCGAGGGCGGAGGUCAGGAGGUCGGACGCAGGGAGUAGCCCCCCCCCCCGCAGGCCUCCAGACCUACAGACUCUCAGAGCGACACCACGGAGACACAAUCACACAAACAAACAAGGUGCCAAAGGGAUCUCCACUGUUAGAACCGA